ACACUGUUUUCAUAUCCGCUUCCUCUGAUGUCAGAGUUUGACAGUGUUUAUAUGUUCAUUAUUGCAAACAAUAUUUUUUCGCAGCAAGAGAAACAUUAUACACAAGCUGAAGUAUACUAAGACUGUUCAAAGGGGAUGAUUCCCAGGUUUUGAAUGAGAUGCAAUGACAACGUCAACAUUACAGAAAGCGAUUGACCUUGUGACAAAAGCCACAGAAGAAGAUAAAGCAAAGAACUACGAGGAGGCCCUGAAGCUAUACCAGCAUGCUGUGGAAUAUUUCUUGCAUGCUAUUAAAUAUGAGGCUCACAGUGAUAAGGCAAAGGAGAGUAUCAGAGCAAAGUGUGUGCAGUAUUUGGACCGUGCGGAGAAGCUGAAGGACUAUUUAAAGAACAAAGACAAACCGGGGAAGAAACCUGUCAAGGAAUCCCAGCAGAAUGACAAAGGUAGUGACAGUGACAGUGAGGGUGAAAACCCAGAGAGGAAGAAACUACAGGAACAGCUGAUGGGUGCCAUUGUAAUGGAGAAACCCAACGUCGGGUGGAAUGAUGUUGCCGGGUUAGAAGGGGCUAAGGAGGCUCUAAAAGAAGCUGUCAUUUUACCCAUCAAGUUCCCACAUCUAUUUACAGGAAAGCGUACUCCUUGGCGUGGAAUCUUGCUGUUCGGUCCUCCUGGGACUGGGAAAUCUUACCUGGCGAAGGCUGUGGCUACAGAGGCCAAUAAUUCAACAUUCUUCUCUGUGUCCUCUUCCGACCUCAUGUCCAAGUGGCUGGGAGAGAGUGAGAAACUCGUAAAGAACCUUUUUGAAUUGGCACGUCAGCAUAAGCCUUCCAUCAUUUUUAUUGAUGAAGUAGAUUCCUUGUGUGGGUCCAGAAAUGAGAACGAGAGUGAAGCUGCAAGGAGAAUUAAAACAGAGUUUUUAGUACAAAUGCAAGGAGUUGGGAAUAACAAUGAUGGAAUCCUGGUUCUUGGUGCCACAAAUAUCCCCUGGGUUCUGGAUGCUGCUAUUCGGAGAAGAUUUGAAAAGCGUAUUUAUAUCCCUCUACCAGAGGAACCAGCCCGUGCACAGAUGUUUAGGCUUCACCUGGGAAACACCCCUCGCAAUCUCUCAGAGGCUGAUCUACGAGAGCUGGCUAAAAAGACACAAGGAUACUCCGGAGCUGACAUUAGCGUUAUUGUACGAGACGCGCUCAUGCAGCCUGUGCGCAAAGUACAGUCAGCCACACAUUUUAAAAAGGUUCGUGGUCCAUCCCGAACAAAUCCAAACGUGAUUGUGAAUGACCUUUUGACUCCUUGCUCUCCUGGUGACCCAGAAGCGAUUGAGAUGACCUGGAUGGAUGUUCCCAGUGACAAACUCUUAGAGCCCAUCAUUUGCAUGUCGGACAUGCUGCGUUCCCUGACCACCACCAGACCCACAGUAAAUACAGAAGACCUUCUGAAAGUAAAGAAAUUUACUGAUGACUUUGGACAGGAGGGUUGAUGGGACAGUUGUAAUAUUAUUUAAAAAGAACCCCCCUUCCACACUACAUAACCAGCUCACUGACUUUACUAACAACAGGUACAGUACUCCGGCAGGAACGAUGAAGGACUCUUAUUUAUUUAUAUUUUGUCUUGACAGAGGGAAAUCCUUACAGUCCUUAUGUUGAUAGCUCUACAAUUCUGAAGCUUCAAUUUCAGUUUAUUUAACUCUGCACUCCCAGUGUCAUUUUACCAUAGUGGUAAAGCAAUGCCAGCAUGAUUAGAAGGCAUGGCACAAAGUACCAAACCAAACCUGAUUUUAAAGAAUUGCGAGACUGCUGCUUUUCACUAAAAAGCUUCUGUAGCUAAACUAAUGGAAACGUCUACAUCUUACGGACAGCUGCCCUUUCAAAAUGUCAUGUCUUCACCUGCUAUCAUUGUCUAAAUACAAUACAUGUGUUCUUUUGCAUUUCCCCACUUACUGCCAACAGGCUACAGGUGAAGGCUUUCCUUGUUCCUUUAAAGGACAAGUGAACAUUUGUAUUUAAAUUGCUGUUUUCUGAAGGCUACAUUAGGUGGUGUUUCACACAUGUACUGCAGAUACUGUAUAUAGUGUAUGCUAUAUGGAGAACUUGAACAGACUACCUUUAUGCAGUUAUUGCUAGGAAAAUGUCUCCAGUUUAUCCAACCUAAAUGUUCUUAUGUUGAAUACAUCCAUUAAAAAUAAUAAUUAACUAGAACACUGGUUCUAAUGGCAUGUGAAGUUGUAAUACUCUUAACAUCCUAAGCCAAGGCAGAAAUCAAAUUUAAACUGAAGCUCCAGAAUGAACUAUUUCUAAUGUGGUCUGUUUUAGUUCAGAUGCUGUGUGGAUGAUUGGCCCGCUAUACAACAUAACAAAUAAACUCAUGUAUUAAACCUU